ACGACGAGAAACAAAACCAAUCAGUACCGUUCUGAAAAUCGAACAAACAGCGAAGUUCUUUGUUUUCACCGAAGGCAUCAAUCGUUGCUUGUGCCGUACCAGGGUUCUGUGAUCCGUAACGACACAGGGAGAAUUGCUACUUCUCAUUGUUCUUUCCGUGCUUGGUGUUGCCGAGAACAGAGCCUCCAUCACAUCACAUCACAUCACACGCUAAGGAUCCACCUCGAGCCCGAUCACAUUCGAUUCGGUGCUUCCCCUAUCGAUCGUUCCGUUCCGUUCCGUUCCGAUCUUCCGACGACCCUUCACUCCUAGAAGAACCUUCCUUCCCGUCGCAAAAUCCAGCAUGUCCCUUUUUUCGGACGUGGUGCCGGGUCCCGCCGUGCCCGAUCCCGUCCCCUUCGCUGGCUACCACCACGACAUCGAAAUCCAGAAGAGCGAGCGCAUUCGGUAUCCUCUCUUGCUCGAAGAGUUCACGUCGGACGGAAACGCCGAGUCCUUCGAGCAACUUCCCGCUGCCUCCACCGCCGAUGCAAACACCGCGAAUGCUGCUCUGGACCAAACACAAACCACAACGAACGAGUUCCUCCGGGGCUUUCCGCCGCCGUCCUCUCCCCCGGCACAUCGCCACUCUCACUGCGCUCCUCGGAUCCGUCGUCUUUUCUAUCCCCUCCCCUGCCCGCUGACUCCGGAACCCCCGGGCAUCGAUCGGACCGCCGGCACCCAAGGAGACGGCAUCGCCCACCACCACAGCGAUUUCCAACCACCGUGGCCCGGGAGGCAGCACGCUGCCGCGGUGGUUUCGCCGUUGUCGGCCACACAGCAGGCGCACGAGGAGGGCGACCGCUGCCGACACCGGAUCGAGCCGCAACGGCGGCGGUGGGAACUACAAGACGGUCGCGGCCUCGACCAAGCCAAAAUCCAAGCCGAAAUCGAUGCCAUCGUCGGCGGGGUGUCGAACGACGUGCCGUACGGAGACCGAUCCUUCCGCGGGAGCAACGGCCCCCCCGGAGCGAGUGGGACGUUCGCUGGCAGCGGCGGGGCAUCGGAGCUGGUCCUCGGCCGCGCCGAGCUCGAUGCCGCUGCGAAGAAACUCGGGCUUUUCGCCGGCAGUGGCCCGUGCCUGCCGCUUCUCGGCGAUGCCGACGGAGGGAAGGAUCCGGAACCGAUCCCCCGCCCCCGGUGGCACACCGGACACACCAAUUUUGUUGGAAAAGACGUGCCAGGGGCUGCGGGAUGCACCGCCCGGUGCGGCCGAACCCAGCAGCAGCAGCAGCGAUUGGCCAGCGACCAAAGCGUGGUGGAACGACCGCUCUUUACCUACAAAAGCUGGGACGAAAGAGCGAACCGGUGGAAGCCCAAAAGAACCUUCUGGGUUCGAAAGGAAGCCGAGGCCGGCGGCAGCGGUGCUUGUGCACCCCCCCACUUCCGAAUCUCGCUGUCCCGGGGCGGAACCGUCCACGUCUUUCCGAACCUGCUCGGUGCCCAGAGCGUCGGUGCGGUCAAGACGGAGUUGCUGAAGUGCGGGUUUUGGAGGAAGUAUUCCAUCCAGGGCGGCGACGAGCCGAGGCUGCAUUUCUUGGUAAGCAACGGAUGGUGGCAUGUUCACUCCUUUUUUCGCAUCCGUUGCUGGGUGUCUGUGAUUCCUUUCCAAUGUGCUCUCACGAUUUCCAUAAAUGAUCGAAUCAAACACUUGUGUUCUGCUGUGCUGUGCUGUGCUGCGCUGCGCUAUGCUCUGUUAUUCUAUGCCUUGUGGUUCGGUUCGUUUCGUGCCAGGCGCACGAAAACGCUACGGACAACUUUGAGAACGGGGCACAGCCGGGAUACCGAUACACGAACAUUACUAUGAAGGCACGGCCCUUGUCGGCUUUGCCAAAUCUACAAAGAAUGUCGAAGCAGCUGGCAAAGAUGCGAAACAUACCCUCCGAAAAAUGGACCAUCGGCGUCCAUCCGGUCUUGUAGUGAGUAUAAGGAUUGGAUUGAAUGGAUCCCACUCGAUGUCGACGUACAUGCUGUGCCGUAGGAACUGUUUGCGCUGUAUUUGUGCUUGAUUUAAAAAUUGCUGCGUCGAACUCAGGAAUGUUCCCGAUGUGUUGCAUGCCACACCACCAAUUGGCUCACUUAGUCGCGACAACAGAGAUUCGAUGGGAGAUCACGCAGACGACGACCAGGUGAGAACGAACAAGAAUUCCGUGUCCAUAACAACGAGACAGCAUAGAUUCGUCAACAAAGGAAACAGCCCCAAUUUUUCUCACAGAAACCAAACCCAUCCGACUUUUUUGUUUGGCAGGGGGAAACACGCAUACUAUGCGUUUUAGUAGAUUCUCCACCAACACCAAGAAAGGUAAGAUAGCGGCUCCAUGCCGUGUCGUACCGGCAGUAUGCAUCGCCAUCGCCAUUUCUCUCACCCCGAUGCGCACGCACGAAUCAACAAAUCCAUGACGGAAUGCAAAAAAGGUUGUCAUAAAAGUUUUCGACAAGCUGACAGGUGGCAAGAGACAAAAAGACCGCGUUCACCAAGACAGAGACGAGAUCGUGGAAUUGCUGUUGCGACCGGGAGAUGCGUACGAGAUGGAUGGGGUACGUUGUGUUGUGCAUGCUUUCUUGAUUCCUUUUGCCAGUUCGAAUUGUUCUGUUUUGUUCAAUCGGUGGUUUCGCACUGAAUCGGAAGAACUCAAUCCACCAGGUGUACCAAAGUAUUCAUCGGAGUCGUUCGACGAACUCAAAACCCUGGUCGCAUAACAUUGUAUUGAAUGUGUUGUUCUUUGUUUGGUAGGUCAUGCAAGAGUUUUACAGCCAUUGUGUCCCCAAGGACAAUCUUUCCAAAGACGACGAAUGCAAAGAUCACAAAUCGGAACACAGCCGCAUUCGACGCAUGUGUGUGGUCCUGCGCACGGGUCAGCAGAAAGAGUUCGAGAGGGAUACCGGGGAGGCCUGCACGGAUCUUGCCCCACGAAAAGCAAUAUCCUACUACCACGGACCUAUAGCAAAUCUGAAAGUGGGGUCCUCGUACACUCGGCGAGAGCUGCAGAAGAUGAAUGCCCACCAGGUAAUUAUUGCUAGCAAUAGCUUUUACUCUCGUUUGGUUGAACCGAAUAAUCUUGAGCGGUCACU